ACAGCCACUGUGCGUGACAUGGAACAAAACUCUUCGCCAUAUUGUGAAUAUACAUGAAAUACCAAAGACCGAACUGCGUUCGAUCGAAGUGCUAAUAUUUUAGAUGCAUAGCAACGAAAGUUGAAAUGUCUUACGAAGAAUAUAAUGGCCUUCUUUCUAAGAUAAGCCGACGACUCGAUCAACUGGACCAACAUGAACACUUACUGUUCGUGUGUAGAGGGCGCGUGGCGUCUAGACCUGAAGACAUCCCCAAUGCACUUUCGCUCUUUCGAGAGCUAGAAGAACAUAAUAAUUUGGCCAUUGAUCGAGUUGAGCUAUUGAAAGAGCUGCUAAAAGAGGUCGAAGAAUGGUCGUUGUUUCAGAAAGUAAGAAAGUUCGAGAACAAAAGGAAAGAAUAUAAAGAAUUGCUUGAACAGAUCAGCCGCGCUCUCGACGAAAGCAAUCAACUGCAGCAGCUCAUCGCUGUCUGCACUGAGAGGGAAACGUUGGAGGAAAAUGAAAGAAAAACUCAAACUGCUCGAAUUUUGCUCGAAAAACUUGAACGCCGAAGACUUUUUGAGUUUAGUCGUCUUGAUUUCUUGAAAGGGAUUUUAUCGGGAAUUGAGAGACAAGAUCUGGUGAAGAAAGUUCAGGAUUUCGAGAAGCGACGAAUUGACGAGGAUGAAUUUGAAAGAAGGAAAGCGCAAGCUGGUAGCAUUGUUGCGGCAGCCAGGGUUGUUGGUGGAAGAGUAAUCGGAGUACUGAACAUGAAGACAGUGUUUGGAGUGGCAGCAGCGGGAAUAACCUUACUCACUGUCCGUGAGAUUUUGACUCGCUGGUCAACUUAUGAUCAGUUAGUCACCAGCUUCCAGGGUUGUGUACUUCCUGCUGGUUCAAGAUUGAUUGAAGUGGGUCAAGGGUGCGUAUGCUUUACAAUUCAGGUCGACAAUCUCAUGGGGCUCACUGCUUUGUGGAACAUGUACGAGGAUGGCACGCUCAAGGAACGUUUAUUUAACUUUUUUGUGAAUGAUGAAAUGAAGACCCGUGCCGGUGGUGAAGAGAAUGUGGAAUUGACUGUGACGAUUGAAAAAGCAGAAUACGAGAAAGCUUACUUUGAGCUUGUUCAAGAAGCUGACGGUAACCAGAAGCGACCUCCGGAACGAGGUGAUCGUAGGCACUCCGACUCAGUGUUAUCUCUCCCACCCAGAACAGCUGAAAAUUCUCUGAUAACAAUAGCACAACUUAAGAACCAAGUCAAGUCUCUGGAGGAAAGAAUAGAAGCUGUAGAGACUCAAAUGGUUUCAUUUGAGAAAGAUACUAAUAGUUUGAUGAACGAGGAUGAAACAUUGCAAGUAAAAGUGAAAAGACUCGAGAAUGAUGUCCAACUCCUAAAGGAGAGAGCGGAGAGUCAAGAGAAACAAAUGACCAGACUUUCACGUGAGGUUUUUGGGACAAGGAUGGCCACGGAAAUAAUUCCAGCAGAGGAAGGUAACUAG